AUGGCCUCGGCUGCUGUCACGGCAACCACUGAAGAAGGGAAUUUUGAGGGUGAUUUACCCUCUCGGAACGUACCCGUUCAGAUUUCCGGGCUCAAAGAGCUGGUUGAAACGGGGAAGUACGAGGCCUGGAUUCUGGACCAGUUUGGCGUGCUGCACGACGGCAAGAAGGCGUAUCCCCAGGCAAUCGAAGCAUUGCGCCAGCUGGCAGCGUCGGGCGCCAAGGUGGUGCUUCUCAGCAACUCGUCUCGCAGGGUGGAGGUGGCUUCCAAGAAGCUUCCCACUCUGGGUUUCGACCCGUCUCUCUUCUGUGGAAUCGUGACGAGUGGGGAGAUCACACACCGACACCUGAUGGAUCGCUCCCUGGACCCAUUGUUUCAGACUCUCGGAUUAAAGUGCCUGCACUUCACCUGGGCUGCCAGGGGGGCUGUUUCGCUGGAGGGGUUGGGUCUUCAGGUGGUUGAAACGCCAGAAGAAGCGGAUCUUAUUCUCGCGCACGGCACAGAGGCAGUGGGGGUCGCAGAAGCAGACAAACCCGCCCGCCCGGCCUCGCUGGAUGAGCUGGCGGGGCUGAUGCGCCGGGCGGCGGAGGAGGGGCGACGGAGAGGCAGGAUGAUCCCGAUGGUCGUGGCAAAUCCUGAUAUAGUCACGGUGGAGGCUCGGGCUUUAAGGGUCAUGCCCGGGACUCUGGCUCGGGAGUACGAGGCAAUGGGAGGUCUGGUCAAGUGCAUGGGGAAACCGGACCCUAUUUCUUUCCGAGCAGCCCAGCAGCUGACCGGGAUCCGUCUCGACCGCACAAUCAUGGUCGGCGACUCGCUGCACCACGACAUUCUAGGGGCCGCAUCUUUGGGCAUUGACUGCGUGUUUGUGGCCGGGGGGAUACACGCUGAUCAACUAGGGGUGCCGCCACCACUAGCAGCAGCUGCACCAGGGGAGGAGGAAGGGGAAGAGGGAAAUGUGCACAGUAGAGUGGAGAUGGAGGGAGGGGGAGGAGUGGAUGUGGGAAAGUUGUCAGAGCUGCUAGAAGAAACGGGUGCUGAGCCUUCGUACGUGCUGCCUUAUUUCCAGUGGCAGUAA